AUGUCAUACAUUAGCUCCCUCCUCACUAGACCGUCCACCCUCGGUCUCGUCGCUGUAGGCGGCAGCGCCGCUUUCUACCUCGGCAUGAAGUCGAAGACGAUAAUGGCUCAACAGGCCCAAAGGGAUAGUGGAGAAGAUCAAAGCAGGGCAAGAGGACCGGCGGUCCAGGAGAAGAAUUAUGGGGUCAAAGCUGGCAGGGAAGGUGGAGGGAAGAGGUUGGCUGCGGAAAAGGUGAAGGACGGACAAAUGGGCUGCAAGUCGUUGCUGUGGGGCCGAACUCGAGAUGCUGCUGACGAUAUUACGACAAUGGAUGUGGGUAAUGUGAUGCUUGAUGAGGCUUUGGGUCCAGUGGGAAUUGAUACGAAUGAUCGAAUGGGUGAUACGCUCAGUACAGAGGAAGUCUCAGUUGGAGAUAGCAACAACAAUGUACCUGUUGCUACGGGAUCCUUCAAAAGAGCUUGGAACCGCUUGUCUUCCGUGCUCGGUCCUCGACAGGAAGACGUGGGCGGAGACCAGAUAGAGAGAGGAGAGCACAAGACCCAGGCCAAGGGCACAAUACACGUUGAAGAAGGCAACCACGAGGAAGAUGCGGAAGCUGGAGCCAUACCACUUGAUGGACCACCAGCCGAAGCGACGAAAGGCCAUGAGCACUCUCCAUUCAGCUCAAGCGCCUUUGAUCGGCUGCCAAACCCUGUCCCGGUCGUUGACGUCUUCUUUGGCUCGUGGUGGCUCGUCUCAGCGUUGCGGACGGCUACGAGACCUGUGGUGAUCUACUUCUCGGUCUUUUGGUUGUGGACGGCAUUAUUCGACGGCUUUGUUUCAACAAUAGUGGUGGUGAUCUACCUGGUCCGCUGGGGUCUCCUGAAAGCCGGACGUGAUACCAUCCCGCUCAUUGGGGCUCCGAUCCCAGGGAAGCGUCAGCUCUUCUGGGUGCUCUUUCGCUGGAUACAGAAAAUCUGGGAGCAUGUCGCAGCUAGAGCUCUACUGAGGAGUGACGGUCGAUAUACGGGAUUAUGCAAGAUUUGGUGGUUCGUUUAUCUCCUGAUUACGCCUAUGGCGGAGUUCAGACAAAAUUAUAUGGCUGCAUGGCGCCAACGUGAGGGGCUCUCGAUUCACAUCUUUGUCGACGAUGAAAACAUGUCGGUUCCAAUUCCCGCGGAUGGCACCGAUGAAGCCAUGCUGGCACGCAUACGCUCGUUCUAUCAGAUGAUGUUGGUUGGUCAAGGCUUUCCAGCGCUGGUAUUCCCAAAGCAACUCCAGAGGGUCGACAUCGUUGAGAUGAGCAAGGACAGCUUGGUCUUGGGAAGCCGACUGGAGACAUUACAGCUAGGUCGUUACAAAGGCCGGCUCGUCAACGUUUUCGAAAAUCCCAAACUUGGGGCACACACCGUCGCAGUCGCAGAGACCAUCCGGACAGUACCGGAGAACUCGGCGCUCGAAUUCCAGCGGACAUACGACGUUGGCGCCAUCUCAGUGGUUGUGGCGGUCCCGCCGCUCGCGUCUCUCAUCUUUGGUAUCGUCUGGGUUCGGAUUUACGCCCACAAAGGAAGCGAUGCAGAUUUUCAAGUGAUAGUCGCCACCGCAUUCACCGUCGCGUCUUACAUCGUCACGGCAGGCGCUUUGACUCUUGCUCUCAUCGCAUUCUUGGACCAGAAAAGGGCCCAGAAUGAUGACAUGAUGGAGAAAAUCGCUCGCAGGUCUGUUGAGACAAAGGCCGCUGCUUCGUCAAAGCUGGAACGACGGAGCUCUGUGCCAUAA